UGCUUUCGUUCCGCACACGCAGCCGCCCUGCAGUCGGCGACACGCGGCCGUCGUCGCGAUGGUGGCCAAGGGCUUCUCCAAAGCCCCUCCUCCCGCGUCCAAGCCGCCAAAGAAGCGGGCCGCCGCCGCCGGGCCUGCGCCACCGCCGCCGUUAUCCGCAAAGGCGCAGCAGGCUUCCAAGGAUUUUGACAGCCUCAAGGCGAGCGGCGCGCCCGAGUACUCGAUCGCUGUCCGAACAGUGAGCAGCGGCGGCGAGCCGAGCGAGUGGUACCUGGUGGGCGGCCUCGCUGUGCCGCGCUCCAACUCCGAGGAGAAGGCCGUGAGCAUGGCCAUAUUCCAGAACGAGGACGAGCUCCUCAAGGGCGCCUACAAGUUUUACCCAAAGCUGAAAGCGAGCACCGACAAGUUCGAAUACGGCUACAAGAUGAGGGAUUUCCCUGACGACCCCUGGAACAUCGCAUCCGAGGCGGCGACCAAGGGGUCCGACAACCCCUUCAUGGACUGGUUCAACACACUCGACAACCCUCUCAACCGCGGGUAGCCGCCGGAUUAGUGCAGUAUGCGACGAGCCAACUCUGACCGCGUUGCGCCCGUGCCGACUAGCCCGCCGCGGGCGGCCCCAUUCCCCUUGCUACGUGAGCAUGCCUAGCUGCGUCUGCUGAGACUCAGAGGCGAAAGGUGAUCCCUGGGCGUGAGUGUAAUCGCGCUUUCGUCUCCCCUCCCAGCUUCCUCCCUAGCUCCCUACGCGCUACGGGUGCUUCUCAACACUCCGCC